AUGACCGACCACGAGGAGAAACAAGAGAGGAUUCGGGAAGCACUCGCUGGACACCCCGUCAAUCCAGGACAAAAUUGGGCUGUGUCCAAUGACAAGCACAAGAUUCUGUUUUGUUGGAUGCAAAAGGUCGGUUGCACCUUUUUUCGACAAGUCUUUAUCAACUUGCAUCGAGAGGGGAUUACGGAAGCACAUCCAAGUACACUCGCCGGCAAGCACCAAAAGUUUCUCGAGAUUCUUCAUAGUGCCGAGUGGAACAAGGUUGUCUUUUAUCGAGAACCACUGAGCCGAUUCUUGUCGGGGUGGAAAGACAAGUGUCGUGGCACACGAAGAAAUUAUUGCAAACAUGUCUUCGGGGGUCCCAAUGUCACUUGUGUGGAUGCCAUCUUUUUACUCAAGGACAUGAAUCCACAAACUCUCGAUGGACACUUUCAUCCGCAAGUGCAGCACUGUAAUGGCUUGACACGGCCCAUAUUGGACAACAUAUACACCAUGGUAGAAGAGCUAAAGGAUCACAACUCGACACGACACGCUGUACGGAAAAUGCUGCAACCAUUCGAAUUGACCGACGAGCAGUUGGAGCGAGUGCUUUCCACGGGAGAAGAUGUCCAUGCUCAUGCCACAAAUGCCAAUACAAUACUCAUGCAGUAUUAUCAGGAUCCACAGUUGGUGGGCAUUAUUGUCAAGUACUUCAUUGAAGACUACAAAGUGUUCCAAAUUCAGGCACCCGACUUUGCACAGACAGCUCUGUAUGGACUUCGAGAAAGAAAUGAUCCAUAUGCCUUGAGUGAUGAGGAGAUGCAACAAUUGGGACUCCCCUUGACGCCACCAGCUUCAACAACAAUUCACCAGGUUGAUAGUAGUAGUGCACCGGGCACAACAGCCGACCUGAUUCUGCUGAAUGCAGCUCUGGCCAACGAUUCCAGCAUGGAUGUUCGGGGAUUCCAUGUUGGUUUUGUCUUUAUUGGGUUUUGUUUCCAUUUGUAUGGCGUUGGUGCUGGGUGGGGUGCAUCAUUGGGUACGGUAUUUGGUGGCCACAACCUUGUUCCCAACAACAAAAAUGUAACUGGCUAA